AUAGUGUUGUUAUUGUCAUAUGUUUAUUUUUACUGCUGUACUGAACAUUUAUGUGUCGAAACGUAAAAAACAUAAGUUGCUAAGAAUCUGUUGGUUAAGUGUGCUUUAAAAAUUUUUCACUGCCACGAUGAGCGAGAUUCGACAUGACUUUUGGGACGACAUAUUCGAACGUCAAUUGUAUGAAUCAAUUAACACGCACAUAUUAUCAACGUUUAUUCAAACAGUAGAAAAUUUGAGAAAAGAUUUCUCAAACAUAAUGUGUGAAUUUAAUAAAAUAAAAGAACAAAAUGACAAUAAUUCCAAGACCGCCAUAGAACAAAUAAAGAAGGAAGAUAUGUUAGAAGAAGUUCUAGAUAUUACGACAUCUACAACUUCUGGCAUUCAACAAAACACUGGAGACGAUGUUAAGUCUGAGGAAAGCGGUUUUCCUAAGUUUCUUGACGAAUUGAUAAAAGAAGUUCUGGAAAACAUUAAAAAGAUGGAUUUGACGAAUCGAGAAAUGACGGAUAUGCCAAGAAAGAUCGAAGUUAAAACGCAGAUUGAUAUCAAGUAUGAUCAGUUUCUCGAGAUAAUGUAUCAGAAUGAGAUUAGAAGAAUUAUUAUCCAACUUCAUGAUCAUGGCAAGAGACACUUUCCCACAGGAGUUAUAGACGAGAAAAAAAAUUAA